GACCAUUGAGGAAGCUCACAACUUGAUUCAUAUGACAACUGAAGUGCUUUAAGGGAAACUUCUCACUCAUGAGAUGGCUAUGAAGGACUAUGACAAUGAGGAGGAGAAUAAAAAGAAAAAGACCAUUGCACUCAAAGCUACUCAACACAAUGAAAGUGAGGAGGAAGGUGACUCAGAUGAGGAUAUUGCGAUACUCACCAAGAAAUUUAAAAAGUUUCUGAAGAAAAAAAAUUUCAAAAAGCAAGGAGGACUAAAAAGGAAUAACAAAAAUGAUAGAUACAAGGGGGAUUCAAACAAGAAGGACGGAAUCAUAUGCUAUCAUUGUAAAAAGCCUGGACAUGUGAAGUUCAAAUGUCCUUUUGGCAAUGAGAAAAGUCUCAAAGUAAAGGAAAAGAAGAGUAAGAAAGCCUUGGUGACAACUUGGAGUGAUGAUAGCUCAGACAAGGAAUCAAGUGACUUUAAAGUGGCAAACUUAUGUCUCAUGGCUAGAGAAGAGGACACUCAAGAGGUAAGCUCUAAAUCCAUACCUAAUGAUGAGUUUAAUUCUUUAGAAGAGUUACCAGUUGCAUUUGAUGAAUUCUAUGAGGAAUCUAGAAAAAUGAGUGCAAAAAAUGCUAGCCUCAAAAACACCAUUGCUUCUCUUUUAAAUGAAAAAGAAGGUUUACAAAAUGCUCUUACGAAAGCUACCCUAAAAAAGGAAGAGGUACAAAAAUCUUUUGAUGACUUAUUUUUUGAAAAUGCUCUUCUCAAGAAGAAUGAUUUGCACAAGAUAGUUGAGUCUUUGAAAAAUGACAACACAAAUUUGAAAAAGGUUUUAGACACUCAAAGUGAAUCUUUAGAAAAUGAAAGAAAUACACUAAUUUCAAAAUGCAAUGAGCUUGAGAAGAAAAAUGGAGAUUUAAGCAACACGGUUUCAAAACUCAUUGAGGGAAGCAGUAAACUCCAAACUAUUUUAGUUGCCCAAAGGAAUACUAGCAUCAAAACUGGUAUUGGGUAUAAGGGAUCAAGUGGAUCAACCACAUAUACCACCAAAUUUGUGAAAGCUAGCCAUGAUCCAUCUACUGGCUUUCAAAAUCAAGGUGGAAAAUCAAGCACUCAAAAGAGAUAUAUUAUAACAUGCCAUUGUUGUUGUAGGAAAGGUCAUCAUGUUUCUAGAUACUUUAUAAAAUGGGGUGCGUCAAAUGGAUCUAAAUGGAUAUGGGUUCCAAAAGGAUCCAUAUCAACCUUGACUAACACUCAUGGACCUAAGAAAAUUUGGGUACCAAAGCCAACAUUCUAAGAUUGUGUUUGCAUAAAUGCCUCAAGGAAAAGGAAACAAAGAAGAAAAAAAAAAGCAAAUGGCACUUGGAUAGUGGGUGUUCAAGACACACGACUAGUGAUAGAUCUCAAUUCCUCACUUUUGAAGAAAAGGAACAGGGCAUUGUAACAUUUGGAGACAAUGAAAAAGGAUGCAUCCU